AUGGUCAAUGUUCCGGUGAAGUGCAACCGCUCGAUCGAAGAACUCUCCAAACUCUUCAGCCGGAACUACGCUAUGACGAAUCGAAAUGGUCUUCUGUUGCAGAAUUGCAGCUCGCAUGUAGGAGAUUGUGUGAUUCGUAGCACCAUGGUGAAGUACCAUUUUUCCUUUGACGAGUGCGAUUCCCCGCCGGAAAAUAUAAGUUGUUAUUCGGGGGGCACUGAUGUCGGCGCGGAUUUUUUAAAUUAUAGAAUAGUGAAGGAAAGAGUGAAUUGUAGGAUUUUGUUUACGGCAAUUGCGAUGGAUUUGAAUGAAAAUGGUAAUAAUAUCAAUGGUCCAAGUGGAAGCUCCACCGUGGAGUUGAAUUUGCAGCAGGCGGAGCUGGGUUGGUGGCUGGAGGGGUUUUGUAAUAGUAGUAGUUGUCAUCCAAAAGCAAACUGUAAAAAUAUUGUCAAUGGAAACACGAAGGGGUUUCGUUGCAAGUGUAAUCCAGGGUAUGCCGGCGAUGGUUUCAGAGGCUUCGGUGCUAAAGGUUGCUGGAAAGGAACUUGCAACUUUUCAAAGUACAUGUCUGGUGGAUGUGGCAGAACUAGAAUAGGCAUUCUCAUUGGAGGAAUUGUUGGUGGAGCUUCGUUGGUGGUUAUUUUGGCUCUUGUCUGCUAUUGCAUAAAGAGACACACUAGAUCUUUGAAGAGUCAAACAAGUGCAAAGCGUCUGCUUUGCGAAGCUACAGGCAGAACCAGUUUCCCAUUCUAUCCUUAUAAAGAAAUUGAGAAAGCCACAAAUAGCUUUUCCGAAAACCAGAGGUUGGGAACGGGAGCCUAUGGCACAGUUUAUGCUGGAAAGCUCUACAAUGAUGAGUGGGUUGCGAUUAAGAAAAUAAGACAUCGAGAUCGCGACAGCAUUGAACAAGUAAUGAAUGAAAUCAAGCUUCUGUCCUCUGUGAGUCAUCCAAAUUUAGUUCGCCUCUUAGGCUGUUGCAUCGAUAAUGAUGAACAGAUACUUGUUUACGAGUAUAUGCCAAAUGGUACUCUAUCUCAGCAUCUGCAAAGAGAAAGAGGUUCUGUGCUACCAUGGACAGUACGCCUCACUAUUGCCAAUGAAACAGCUCAUGCAAUCGCUCAUCUUCACUCAGCAAUGGAUCCUCCAAUUUACCACAGAGACAUCAAAUCGAGUAAUAUAUUAUUAGAUUAUAAUUUCAACUCAAAAGUUGCAGACUUUGGUCUUUCAAGAUUUGGCAUGACAGAUGAUUCCCACAUUUCCACAGCACCUCAAGGGACUCCUGGCUAUGUAGAUCCUCAAUACCAUCAAAACUUCCAUCUUUCAGAUAAAAGUGAUGUUUACAGUUUCGGGGUGGUUCUGGUAGAAAUCAUCACAGCAAAGAAAGCAGUUGAUUUUUCCCGACCUCACUGUGAGAUUAAUUUGGCUGCACUUGCACUUGAUAGGAUUGGGAAAGGUCAAGUCGAUGAGAUUAUAGAUCCAUUUCUCGAGCCAAAUAGGGAUGCUUGGACUCUCUCUUCUGUACACAAAGUGGCCGAGCUCGCUUUUAGAUGCCUUUCUUUUCACAGGGACAUGAGACCUUCAAUGAUGGAGGUGGCAGAUGAACUAGACCAGAUCAAGCUUAGUGGUUGGGCACCAUUGGACGAGAUUAUAUGUAUGGGAUCUUCAGUGGCAUCUUCUUGUUCUUCACCAUACCUUGGAAGUGAGAAGUCACUAAAUACUAUGACAAAUAAAAAGUCCGGGAUAGGAAGUAGGAGACUGGUGGUUUCACAGAGGGCUGGGGAUGUCCUGCCUUCGAUGGAGGAGGCAAAGGACAAUUCACCUGUUUCUGUACAGGAUCCUUGGUUAAGUGAACAGAGCUCGCCAUCAUCGAACUGCUUACUAGGUAGUAGAGUUCGGUGA